GGGGGCGGGGCUGAGCACUACUUGUACAUUACGUCGUGAAACCUGCCUUAUUCAGGACACAGAAAAUUAUGCCCCCAGAGGGGUCCUGUGGUGGUUGCAGUGAGCACAAAGGUGAAAUGAAGAAGUCGAGAGAAAAGACCUCGGGCGAGAUUCCAGGAAAGAUUUGCUUCCAUUCACCUCACAGUGCUUGUGCCCAAUUGACGACAGAUGCAGUUAGUGAAGAGUAUUAACUGAGUCUCCUCGAGCUUUCUGAUCUGAUUAACAGACUGGAAGCUAGGGAACAAGUUUGAAGGACGACCUCCCAGAACAAUCUGUUCAUUUUUCCAGUUAUUUGUAAAACAGUGUCUGCAAAUAUAAGCAAAGCUUUUCAUGGCAGUCUGUUCUGUAACUUUCCCAAAUAUCUGAGACUUUUUUUUAAAAGAGCUUUAUUCUUGAUUACUCAUACUAGCUGAAUAGGCUGUUUCAGACGUGCUCUGUCGUUGUUCAAACAUCUUAUCGCUGGGUACAUAAAUGAAGUUCCACGUAUGUAGCUGACAGACUGAACUAUGAUACAUCCCCCAUCAACCUGAAGUAUUAAGUAAACAUUACCCCCUUCUGUCUGAACAGCUGCUGCAACAGAGAGUGCUUUUAUUUCGGGUGUACUUGUAACGCCCUAAAUGCCAGAACUCUUGCUUGCUUUUCUAGAUUUUCAUUUGUCAAGUAUUGUGGGGGUGUGUGUUCUCUCCCUGGGCUGUUUCCCUUUGAUUCUGUAACAAGCCGUUUGGAUCUUGGUGUUGUGGUGUUGUUCCUGCCUCUGGUCAGCAAGCGUUGACUGGACCCUAGCAGUGAUUUGUGCCCUUAAGCAAUUGUAGGUUUCAGAGGAAAGACUGAUUGGGAGUUCACAAGAAAAUAACCGCCUCUGUCUUCUGCACGGUGUGUGAGACCUUGCCCUUCUAAUCAGCUUGCCAAUCCAGUGGUGUUUAUUACUCCCAUUUUCAAAGCCUAUUCAUUUCUUUUAUGCUUCUAUCGCCCACCUGCCACGCUGUUGAUGACAGGUGUUGAGUCACCUUGAAUUUAAAAUCCUUUUGUGGUAGGCAGUAAUGUGUUGGGUAAGAUUCAUACACACACACAUGCACAUUCACUCCUUCGGAGGCUAGAAAAGUUGCUGGAUAUACUUUCUAACUUAGGCUCCACUUCAUAAUCCCUUGAGCAUGUGUCUGACCUGCACACCUUUCUGUCCCCUGCCCCCUAACAUACAAUGACAAACCACUAGAAAUAGGAAUGGAUGGAAGUGAAUGAGAAAGAGGAAGUCCUUCAGAUGCUUAAGGCUCAGUGAAAACUUCUUGUUGGGCGGGCUGUACCUUAGUUUUGCAGUUCUGUGUGUGUGUCUAUUUCCUGAUAUUGAUAUCCAACCCAGACAGUGCUGGGCUCGGGUUGGGGGUUGUCAGUCUGUGCCAUUUUCUAGAUGUGCAUGACAGGUGCAUAUUUAGUACAGAAGAUUUUUGAAUUGCUUCUUCAGAACUCAGUCAACCCUCAUAAUGCUGCCAACAUUUAUAUAAUAAUUUAUACAAUAUAGGGAGGUUGUGUAAGAAGAAACUGAUGGAAAGUCAUUUUUUUCUUCUGAAAGGGACCUGUCAUUCAACCCCUAGAAUCUGGAUGCCUAGUACAAAAUAGGGGUUGUGUAAAUACUUGUUGAGUGGAUAUAUGAAUUUAAGUCAGGAAUUGCUAAUGAUUCUAAGGAUCCUGGAGUUGACAUCAAAGUAUAAACUGGAUAGAUUUUAAAGUGGACUGGUUCUGCCUGUCUGGAAGGCCAUGGAGAAGCUGGGAAUCAAGCCAAGCUGUGCUUCUUGGAUUUUAUCAAGAUUUUGUUGGCAGACAUCUGUGAAGCAGUUGAAAAGCUUGUACCUGUUUUAUAUUUGCUUCUGCUUCAGUGCUUUGUGGUUGUUAACAGAUGCCAAGGAGAGCAGGUGCCAGCGAGUGAAGACACAGUUUGGUUUUGGCCUGAGAUCCAGGGGAGAAAAUCACCUCCAGCUUCUAGAAGGAACCCCCUCUCUCCAGUCAUGUUGGGCUGCCUGCUGCCAGAACUCUGCCUGUCAUGCCUUUUGGUGGUUAGAGGGGAUGUGCAUCCAGGCAGACUGCAGCAGGCCCCAGAGCUGCCAGGCUUUUAGGACAGACUCUUCCAACUCAAUGCUGGUGUUUUUCAAAAAAUUCCAAAUUGAAGAUGAUUUGGACUUUCUACCUGAAGAUGAUGUACCACAUAUUUUGGGGCUAGGUUGGAGCAGGGCAUCUUGGAGGAGGCAGAGCCCACCCAGAACUCCAUUCAGACCCACUUUAUCCAGUGACCAGUGGAGCUUAAUCAGGAAGCUUCGGAAGAGAGAGAAUCCCAGUGAAGAAGUAGCUGCAGUGACACAGCCUUCUAAAACGAAUGAACUUGGUGAUCUAAACAGCACUGGCUCUGCAGAGGUCCACAGCACAGACACAAUUUUUAAUCCGUUAACCACAGACCUGAGUGUGAAGAUUCCUGGUUGGUCAGAUGUAUCAGUUCAACGUGAGGCAUCAGAGGAUCCCGGUGCUACUCCUAGCAUUCAGCAAGUAAAAAGCCCUGAGAAAGUCCAGAUUGCUCACCCUCUGCCAGUGGCUCCCUCCUACAGUUAUGCCACCCCUACCCCCGAGGCCUCUUUCCAGAGCAGCUCCACACCACACCCAGUUAUAAAGGAAUUGGUGGUGUCUGCUGGAAACAGUGUUCAGAUUACAUUACCUAAGAAUGAAGUUCAGUUAAAUGCAUUUGUUCUUCCAGAACCAGAUGCAGGAGAAACCUACACCUACGACUGGCAGUUGAUUACUCAUCCUAAAGACUAUAGUGGAGAAAUGGAAGGGGAACAUUCCCAGAUCCUGAAGCUGUCCAAGCUCACUCCAGGCCUUUAUGAAUUCAAAGUGAUUGUAGAUGGUCAGAAUGCUCACGGCGAAGGCUACGUGAAUGUGACAGUGAAACCAGAGCCCCGUAAGAAUCGGCCUCCUGUUGCCGUUGUGUCGCCGCAGUACCAGGAGAUCUCCCUGCCGACCACUUCUACAGUCAUUGACGGCAGCCAAAGCACUGAUGAUGAUAAAAUUGUCCAGUACCACUGGGAAGAACUUAAGGGACCUCUGAGAGAAAAGAAGAUUUCUGAAGAUACCGCCAUAUUAAAACUAAGUAAGCUCGUUCCUGGGAACUACACUUUCAGCUUGACUGUAGUAGACUCUGAUGGAGCUACCAACUCCACCACUGCAAGCCUGACUGUGAACAAGGCUGUGGACUACCCCCCUGUGGCCAAUGCAGGCCCCAACCAAGUGAUCACUCUGCCCCAGAACUCCAUCACCCUCUUCGGGAACCAGAGCACUGAUGAUCAUGGCAUCACCAGCUACGAGUGGUCGCUCAGCCCAAACAGCAAGGGGAAGGUGAUGGAGAUGCAGGGGGUUAGAACACCGACCCUGCAGCUCUCUGCCAUGCAAGAAGGAGACUAUACUUACCAGCUCACAGUGACUGAUACAAUAGGACAGCAGGCCACCGCUCAAGUGACUGUUAUUGUGCAACCUGAAAACAACAAGCCUCCACAGGCAGAUGCAGGCCCAGAUAAAGAGCUGACUCUCCCCGUGGAUAGCACAACCCUGGAUGGCAGCAAAAGCUCCGAUGACCAGAAAAUUAUCUCAUAUCUUUGGGAAAAAACACAGGGACCUGACGGGGCACAGCUCGAGAAUGCUAACAGCAGUGUCGCCACUGUGACUGGGCUGCAAGUGGGAACCUACGUGUUCACCUUGACCGUCAAAGAUGAGAGGAACCUGCAAAGCCAGAGCUCUGUGAAUGUCAUUGUCAGAGAAGAAAUGAACAAAGCACCUGUGGCCAAGAUAGCUGGGAACGUGGUAAUCACCUUGCCCACGGACACAGCAGAGCUGGACGGCUCCAAGUCCUCAGAUGACAAAGGAAUAGUCAGCUACCUCUGGACUCGAGAUGAGGGGAGCCCAGCAGCAGGGGAGGUGUUAAAUCACUCUGACCACCACCCUGUCCUCUUUCUUUCCAACCUGGUCGAGGGAACCUACACGUUUCACCUGAAGGUGACGGAUGCGAAGGGUGAGAGUGACAUAGACCGGACCACGGUGGAGGUGAAACCUGAUCCCAGGAAAAACAGCCUGGUGGAGAUCAUCUUGGAUGUCAACGUCAGUCAGCUGACUGAGAGGCUGAAGGGGAUGUUCAUCCGCCAGAUCGGGGUCCUCCUGGGGGUGCUGGACUCCGACAUCACUGUGCAAAAGAUUCAGCCGUACACGGAGCAGAGCACCAAGAUGGUAUUUUUUGUUCAGAAUGAGCCUCCUCACCAGAUCUUCAAAGGCCAUGAGGUGGCAGCGAUGCUCAAGAGUGAGCUGCAGAAGCAAAAGGCAGACUUUCUGAUAUUCAGAGCCCUGGAAAUCAGUACUGUCACAUGCCAGUUGAACUGCUCUGACCAUGGCCACUGUGAUUCAUUCACCAAACGCUGUGUCUGUGACCCCUUUUGGAUGGAGAAUUUCAUCAAGGUGCAGCUGAGGGAUGGAGACAGCAACUGUGAGUGGAGCGUGUUAUAUGUUAUCAUUGCUUCCUUUCUCAUUGUUGUUGGCUUGGGGAUCCUGUCUUGGACUGUAAUCUGUUGUUGUAAGAGGCAAAAAGGAAAACCGAAGAGGAAAAGCAAGUACAAGAUCCUGGAUGCCACGGAUCAGGAAAGCCUGGAACUGAAGCCAGCGUCCCGAGCGGGUGUCAAACAGAAAGGCCCGGCGCUGAGCAGCAGCCUGAUGCGCUCGGAGUCCGAGCUGGACAGUGACGAUGCCAUCUUCACGUGGCCAGACCGGGAGAAGGGCAAGCUCCUGCAUGGUCAGAACGGCUCUGUGCCCAAUGGGCAGACCCCGCUGAAGGCCCGGAACCCCCGCGAGGAGAUCUUGUAGCUGCCUGGUCUGUCUCCUCAGGGUGGGGGUUGGCAGUGCCAGGGUCCAGAGCAUCGCCAGGCUGGUUCUCCUACCUCCCGCAUUGGAGGGCAGCUGUUCUCCCAGCCUCUGCUGGUCACUCCAUCCCCAAACCCUCAACCAGAGCCGCUGCUACUUGAAUCCAGAGACAUUCUCCAGGAACCCUGAAUGAAGCUGUGAACGAAGAGGUUUCCUCUUUAAACCCAUCUGGUAGGUCCCUCAAAAUGUCCUCACCUCAGGGCCUCCUCUUUUUUGCACCCCUCCCCUGUUCCACGGGUGGACACUGCCGGCUCCUGGCCUCCUCUCCAGCUCCUUGUCGGCAGGACUGCUGCCGCCGGGGCCCCUGCACGCGAGGCCUGACUGCGCCCCCCACCCCGGGGACAAAACCAAGCCCCGCCAGCUCCUGGCCGCAGAAGCCUGCCUUCCCGCCUGUGGGCGUGUUCCUUGUUCUCUGCUUUGGGAUGGAGCGUGCCCUCUCUCUCUCCGCCCGGAGGAAGUGGCGCCCCCUCCUCACCCUGCCCGAGUAGGGGAGGGCUGGCUGCUUCUGGAGAGGAGCAGGGCCCAGGCCGCGGGGCUGGUGGGUCGCAGUCGCCAGGCUGGACACAGGCUGCCACCCGUCUUCCUCCUGGCCACCCUGGCUGCUUCCAGAAUCAGGUCCAAACUCCCUGUGCCCAGAGGAGACGGCCGCAGACAGCCUGGACUGCCCUGGCAUGAGAGGCAUGUGUGACUGCCCCCCCGCGGUCUCCGCUGUGUCCGUCUGUCCGAGCGCCUUCUCUCUGUGUCCCUGCACGUGUGUGGUAGAGUGAGUGUGAGCAUCAACUCCUCCUCGGGCCCUGGGCUCCUCACAAGGCAACCUUGACCUGGAAAGACUUUGAGCUUGGCGGAACAGAGACCCUCCGAAUCCCUCUGGCCCUGUUCCUCGGCCGUGAGGAACUGGUCCCUCCGCUGUGACGUCUGGGUGUUGAGGAGUGGGAGCUUUGGGGACGUGGCUUUUUAAAAAGAAACUUCCGGUUUAUACUACUGCACUACAGUCUGUCGUGAGAUGAUUAAACGUGCUAUUUAAUUGUA